AUGGCUAGAACGCUGAGGAGGAAGGUGAGAGACAAUGGUGAUGGCGGCAAAGUGCGAUUCACUAAGGAAUCUGGAGUAAUUUCAAGUGUUCCGCAGAUUCAGGAGUUGCAGAAUUUGAUGGAUUCACAAGCGAGCAAAGUUGAGGCCAUCAGAGCAAGUUACUCCCAACAAAAUACGCAGCUGGCAAAGGCAAACUCUUCAUUGAUGAUGAGACUGAGCGAGUUGGAGAGAAAAGUAGGUGAGCUGGUGAAGGAGAAUGUAUCAUUACGAUCAACCGUAUCUAUGGGUGAGUUUCAAUAUAAAAAAAGGUUAAGUGAGCAGUUAGACGUACUUGAGAAUGGUAUUUCUCAUCGGGUUGAAGAAAUCUUUCAUAUGUUUGACAGAGUCAGAACGAAGGAGAACCUUUCACCAGAACCUAGUUUAAGUCGGUCUAAUGAUUUAAGAUCGAUAUUACGAAAUAGGCGAGCAAGUGGAUCUUCAAUUGAGGGCAGAAAGUCCGCGAAUAGCAUUCAAUUCAUAGAGGCAGAUGACCAGAGUGUUCACACUGGAUCUGCAGGUUCAAAUGAGACAACCGAAAGUAAUGAUAGACAGGACGAUGGGUUGUCGCGGAAGAAGAGGCGAAAGAGCUCCAGAAGGGAAUCAAUUUUCCUUCCUACAGAUUUUGAUUUCCCUUACCAUGAACCUGAGCCAGAACCAGAACCAGAGACAGAGCCAGAGCCACGUAAAGUGUCAGAUGACGUGUCAGAAGAUGAGCAACUUGAACCACCAAUCGAGUCGCAUGCAGCAAAUGAUGUUGUCGCCCAGGAUGAUAACGAGGGCUCCGAUCACGCAGAGGGUUCAUUCAAUUUCACGAAUUCUAUUAUAGAGUACUCCAUCCCGGAAGAAGUAGCUCCGUCGACCAGUGCAGGCACAGACCAAUUAUCAUCUUCAAAGAUUGAAGUGUUCAGAGACGAACCAGAAGCCGUAAUAACUUCACAGAAGGAGAGAGAAAUAAACGAUGCUGCAUUUGUACCUCUCUCAACUCAAAACAAAGUUAAACAUUCGAUGAGAACUCCUGGUGCUAGAGGCCGGAGUAAAAUUGUUGAUGAAGUGAUGCCUACUACUAAUAAUGGAAGCGGAGCCUGCGAUAUCGACUUCACGCGAACAAGGAGGACACGAGGGAAGGCUAUUGACUACACCUUGCCUUCACUACGAGCUAAAAUGAGACGACCUACUGAGAAAUUUGUUGAUGCCACCACAUUCACCAGUAUUCACGAGUUACAAGUCACGAACGCAAGGAAGAAAGACAGACGACAUCAACCUAGGAGGUCAAAUGCUCCCAUAACACUGAAAGAGUCAGUAGUUGACACUUCAGACAAUCAAAUUGCUAAACCACAGUCUAAAGACAAAGAGGAAACACUUGCUGUUACAGAGGCCACUCUGCCAGCUCAGCCGAAACCAUUAGUCGCACAAAAGCCUGAAAGUACGAUGAAUAAGAACAAAAUAACGUUCCAAGAUAAACCCAUAUUGAAAGACAUUACGAAUAAACCCAUAUUGAAAGAUAUUACGAAUAAACCCAAAGCUAACAAAACGAGAAAGCUAUUAAAAAAUGCUAUAAUUAAUGAUAUUUGCGACAUUCAACCAAGUGCACAUGAUGAAACAUUCGACUCAUCUGGUGGUGGCGGAUCAAGUUUCCGACUCCACGAGGAAGACCUGUCCGUAUUCGACCUCAUAGGAUCCAACAAAGUGAAACCAUCAAACAAGACUUAUAGAGCAAAGUUUAAAAAAAUGGUCACGAAAUAA